CAGCAAUAUGUGCAGCAUCAGCUUCAGCAGCAACAGCCGGAUAUUUUUAAUCAUCCUCAACCUCAGUCUCAACUUGUGGACGCUCCUGAUUCAUCUCAUCAAAGCCCUUUUCACUCACGGAGCCGCUCCUCGGACACUGGGAUGUUAAGCCCUCAACCAUCAUAUUUUGCCUCUCCUCAUCCUGGAAUCCCCCGAAAUAAGCGUCAAGGUGAAGCUUCCAGCAAGAAGAAGCAAGCUAAGCAGAGACAUGGCCCUCAUAGGUUACCGGAUCAAUCCUCGCAACCGGACCAGCAGCAACAUCGGGCAGGGCAGCAACAACCGCAGCAACCCUCAUCACCGUUGCAGUAUCCAUACAUGGAACAGGAUCCUUAUCAGCAGCAGCCACCGGUGCAAGAAGACAGCUACAUGGCAAACGCUAAUUCCUCGGAUGUGGACCCGAACUUGAUUCUCAAAACACUCUCGGGCAUGACAGGGAGUGAUGAAAUGAUGACAAAUAAUUCUGCCCCUUCUGUUAUCAGUCAUUUAACGGGUACAACCGAUCUCUCAGGAACCAGUUUGGAAGAAAUCCUUGUGAUGGAUUCAGCCGACUAUACCAACGCAGGGGCCGAAUAUGGGAACAUGGACCCAUCUGCUACUCCACCACUUGCAGGGCCUACAUCUACCGAGAGCCAAAUCCAAGCCCAUCUUACCGGGUCGUCCAACAAGUCUGAUCGACCAUGGUUUGCUCAACAUCCGCAGCAGCCGUCUGCCACAGGAAGCAGUAGUAGUAGCAAUCCUAAUAAUAGCCAAGGCCGCAGUAAUCAUUCGCAUCGAAGUUCUGUGGAGAAUAUCAGCGGUGGCAGUCUUCACUAUAUCCUGUCACAAAAUAGCGGAGGAAACAACAACGAUGAAGAUAAAGGCAACAAUACCGUUGCCAACAGUAACAAUCAAGCACGGGUCCCUAUAGGUCCAGCAAUGAUGUCACCUAGAUCGAUAAAUGUUGGUACAGCGUGGAUUGGCUUUGACAACAUGGUACAGCAGCAGCAUGGCAAUAACAAUAACCAACUACCACCAUUACAAACUAUGCGGCCAGGCGAGAAUGCCGUAGGCUAUCAUUAUCCUCCCUACACAUUCUCUUAUGUACCUCAACAGCCGCUGCACUUGGGCCAGCCUUAUGUCGGCUAUCACUCGAUGGGUAGAUCAAUCGCUCCUUAUGUUUAUGCCACUGAUAGUCAAGGUGCAGGAAUGUACUUCCCGGCACCGAACUCUCAGUCUGCUCAAGGAUCUCAUGGCUUCGAUCCUAUAGGUCUUAGCUGGCCACAGCAUGCACAGUUUGCUCCACCACAACAGAUUAUGAUGUCUCAGCAGCUAAUGCAGCAGCAGCCUCAAGGCCAUCUCCAACAAAUCUAUUCAUCUCGUGUGCCGAGCCAAGUCUACCCUAUGCAGCAACAGCCAGGCCCUACUCCAGGCUUCCACUAUAUCCAGACCCAAACACCUAUGAUAACACAGCAUUCUGCCCAGAUAGCGCCUCAACACAUAGUCACUCAGCAGAAUAUCCAGCAGCAGCAACAACAACAGCAGGAGCAGCAGCAGGGGUCUCAACAGCAACAAAUGCAGCAACAGCAUCGCUCUUCAAGGUCGAGACAACAAGAACCACAGCAGCAAAUUCAAGAUCAUCUGAUGUCGCAACUGCAACAGCAACAGAAACAGCAUCGAUCUGAAGAAGGAGUUCGACCAUUGGUAGCGCCGUUGCCACCAUUACCUCAAAUGAUGUACCGCGACAAUGCUAGUGGUAGCAGUAGUGGUAGUGGCAGUGGCAGUGGCAGUGGUGAUAGUGGUGGCAACGGUAACAGUGACAAUAGCAAUGGCAAGGAUAAUAGUAACGUCUCUAGUAGUACUCUACCUGGUGGAGCUGGUAAUCGACCUUUCUCACCAGCAUCAUCCAACUCGACGCUGGUGAACUCUUUAGGCACGAAGUCUAAUAGUGAUAGUAGUCAACAGGAGAGCAGCCGUGAUGGCAGCUCUGGUCGUGAGACAAGCAGUGGCAUUGACUCGACCGAUCGAAGCACUUCAGUUCCUUCUGAAAGUAGUAGUGGCCAGUCAUCAUCUGACUCUGCGCGCAUGUCACAAUCUACCACCUCACCCUCAGGUACUACUUCAAAUGAGAGCUCGUCAAAUACCGAGUCUCCCAACUCGACCGAAGAUGUAUCCAACUCCAAUGAAUCUGGAUCAUCAUCGGAUAACGCCGCUGGUUCUCGGCCGUCAUCGGCAGAGCCUGCAGUUCCUUUUUCAGCUAUAGAUCCCAAUUAUGAGUGUGGAGGAGAUGACAAUGUUGGUGGUGAUGCCCAAGGGACUGGGGGAGGGGGUGGCACAGCCGGUAGUGGGCGUCGUCGUCGUGGUAAGAAAUCACCAUCGCCUUCUGGAUCUGCAGGCUCCUCAACGUCGUCUUCGAAUGCGACAGGGUCCUCGAGCUCCAAUCAAGCGAAUCAGCCUCGUCACUAUCGUACGCGCCACCAAGAACAAGCAGAUGGUGGAGGUCUUAGUGGUGGAGCUGGACGUCGAUCUCCCAGUAGUGGCAGUAUCAGCAGUAGUGGUGAUGGUGGAGAGGCGGGUGGAAAAAGUGAGGGGGACGAUACAAGUAACAUUCACACCAGCGGAGGAAGUCGACAGAGUGGUAGCCGUCGCAAACACAAGAGCAAAUAUCGAUCGUCCACUCAUGAUCCUGCUAGUACAGCAUCUGUUGGUGGCAGUGGGGGGGAUACAUCGCCUCUUACGCAUCAUCGCCGCGGUGGCAAUGGAGAGCAGAGCGGUGACAGCGGUGGUGCUGGCAUUAGCGGAGGUGGAGAAAUAGGCGACAAUGGUGGUGGCGGAGGUCAACAUCGCUCAGACAGUGACAGCGUAGGAAGUGGAUCUGCUUCUGGAUCACACUUGAGCGGCUCCUCGACCCUUGACAAGGAUUCCUCCGUCCAUCAAGGAGGCGAAAGUAGCGGCGGCGGUGGCAAGAAUAGAUCACAUCGUAAAGGAAAAGGUAAAGGCGGCAAAGGGAAAAUUUCCGGGAAUCCUAUAUCAUCAUUCGAAGGCCAGAAGCAGCAGCAUCAACGCCGGGCGAAGCGGGGACAACGAAAACAACAAAUACCGAAAACUUUGCAGCAAUAAUAAAUAGAGGUGCUAAUCAAGGCAACGCGUCAAAACGUUUCUUUUUCUUUUUCUUCUUGUUUUUCUCUUUUUAUUACAUUAUAUACCCUUGUCCGGCUUUUUCUUCUUCAUUGCAAAUAACCUCUCGAUUCGGCUAUGGCUCGCUUCUCUCCCGUCCGUCUCUACGCGAUAUUUUCUUUCUUUUGUUUAUUGUAUUUAUUGCACUAUCCUAGAUCGUUCAUCUUCGCCAUACCUCAAGAGCGCGACUUGAUUCUCUCAUUGCACUUAAAAAAAAG